CCCUUCCCCCAGUGCGGCUCCCGGGCCCGCGGAGCCUCCCGGGCCCCGCAGCCAUGAAGCCGAAACCCUUUGCCCACAAGACGGAGAACACGUACCGGUUUCUUACUUUUGCUGAACGUCUCGGGAACGUUAAUAUCGAUAUCAUCCAUCGGAUUGAUAGGACUGCCAGUUAUGAUGAGGAGGUGGAAACCUACUUUUAUGAAGGACUACAGAAAUGGAGAGAAUUGAACCUCACAGAGCAUUUUGGAAAAUUUUACAAAGAAGUUGUCGGCAAAUGUCAGUCGUUCAAUCAGCUGGUUUACCAUCAGAGUGAGAUUGUCCUGAGCUUGAAGACCCACCUGCAGAUCAAGCACAGCCUGGCCUACCAGCCGCUUUUGGACCUGGUUGUUCAGUUGGCUCGGGAUCUUCAAACUGACUUCUAUCCAAAUUUUAAAGAUUUUUUCCUGGCCAUCACAGCGAUUCUAGAGACCCAGGACACUGAGUUGUUGGAGUGGGCUUUUACCUCCCUCUCUUACCUUUACAAAUAUCUAUGGAAACUUAUGGUCAAGGACAUGCCAAAUAUAUACAGUUUAUACAGUACACUCCUGGCUCACCACAAACUACAUAUAAGGAAUUUUGCAGCGGAAAGCUUUACAUUUUUGAUGAGAAAGGUUUUGGAUCAAGACUGCCUGUUUAAUUUAAUGUUUCUUGACCUUGGCAAACAUCCCACAAAAGUGGAAGGUGUUGGACAGUUACUUUUUGAAAUGUGCAAAGGAGUCAGAAAUAUGUUCCAUUCCUGUGCAUCCAAGGUCAUCAAGGUAAUUCUAAGGAAGCUCGGCCCAGUUACUGAGACCAAAGCCCAGCUGCCGUGGGACCUGGUGGCCGAAGCUGUCAGGCAGAUGGUAAAGUCUUCAGCUGCCUAUGUCUACAAGGACCAUUUUGGAGUGUUUUGGGAAUGUUUGCAGGAAUCACUCCUGGAGCUCCAGGACAAAAUGUUCAAGCCUCGCGGCCCAGGUGGUUCAGACCAAAUGGAAAGGCUGCUGCAGCCCUACCUCAUCCUCGUGAGACAUGCCAGUGGCUCCAAAGUGGCACAGCCCGAAGCAGUGUGUACGAUAAUAUUGCAAACAUUCGACAUCCCUGGUCUCUCCACAUCUUGCCGUAAGACCCUCCUUGAGGUGAUUUCUGCAUUAGUCUUGGGGGAAAAUGUUUCCUUGCCAGAGACCCUCAUCCGGAAAGCUGUGGAAAAGACUUUUGAAAGUGGAUUUGAAAGGCGUUUGAUUUUUGAUUUCUCCAGAGGGAUGUUUGCUAUGAAACAGUUUGAACAGCUUUUCCUGCCGACUUUCUUGGAGUAUGUUGAGAACUGCUUCUUGGCCGAUGACGAUGCUGCCAGAGAUGAGGCCUUGGCCAUCCUGGCGAAGCUCAUUCUGAACAAAGCCCCACCGCCCACCGUCGGCUCCAUGGCCAUCGAAAAGUACCCCCUGACUUUCAAGGCGAGGCCUGUGGGACCCCGUACCAGACAGAAGAAAACCAGGACAGGUGGGGAGGUGGAGCAGCGGCCGGUGUUGGGCCACGUCUUAUCCCUAAUCCAGUUACCACCAAACGCAGGGGCUGUUUCCCUUUGCCGUCCGUGGGCUGCGCUUGUGGUGCUGCCUCACCUCCGACCGAUGGAGAGAGAGAACAUAGUGCCUCUGGUCAUGAGAUUCAUAAACUCCUCCUUUGCAGCCAUUGAUGAAGGAAGUGUUGGUAAAGGGGACUUGUUUGUCCUGUGCCAGGCAGUAAAUGCACUGCUGAGUUUAGAAGAGUCUUCUGAAAUUCUGCAGUUGGUUCCUGUGGAAAGAGUGCAGAACCUCUUGGAGAUGCUCCCGGAGGAGCCUUCUGUCCUGCUGCUGGCCGACCUCUAUUAUCAGCGACUGUCCUUGUUCGGCUGUAAAGAACCUCUAGCCGAGGAGACUUUAAUGAGCUUAUUUGUCAGCCUGCAAGCAAAUAUCUCCACCGGUGUGUCCAAGAUUCGCCUUCUGACGAUAAGAAUCCUAAACCACUUUAAGGUGCAGCUUCCCGAGGCGAUGGAGGAUGAUGGGAUAGGGGAACAGCAAUCCAUCUUUGCCACGUUGCUACAAGCCGAACUUGUCCCAGCAACUGUGAAUGAUUAUCGAGAGAAGCUUCUGCAUUUGAGAAAACUGAGACACGACUUGGUCCAGGCGUCCAUUCCUACUGGGCCUUUACGUGAGGUGCCGCUCCGUUAUCUGCUCAGCAUGCUGUAUAUUAACUUCAGCGUCCUCUGGGAUCCCAUUAUUGAACUCAUCGCUUCCCAUGCCAAUGAAAUGGAAAACAAAGCCUUCUGGAAAGUCUACUAUGAGCAUUUAGAGAGAGCCGCUACACGUGCUGAGAAGGAACUGCAAAAUGAUUCCAGAGAUAAGCAUCUCCGAGAUAAAGGUGGUGAGAAGACCGAUUCAGGAGAUGUGGGCGCCCUUUAUCAUGAACAGCUGGAACAAAGAACCGAUUGUCGGGAAAGGCUGGACCACACCAACUUUCGCUUUUUGCUCUGGAAGGCCCUGGCAAAAUUCCCGGAGAGGGUUGAGCCCCGGUCCCGGGAACUUUCCCCUCUUUUCCUGAGGUUUAUCAGCAAGGAGUAUUACCCAGCCGACCAUCAAGUAGCCCCCACCCAGGAUCUUCUGAAGAAAGGCAGCGCGGCCCAGGAAGAGGAAAGAGAGGAGGGGGCGCCCAUGGAGGGUGACGAGGGAGCCGCGGACGGGGAGGAGCUGGCUGACGACACCCUGUUGCUUGGAUCCCGAAAGAAGAAGACCAGGAGAGCCGCAGCCAAGCAAUUAAUUGCUCACCUGCAGGUUUUUUCUAAAUUUUCAAACCCUCGGUCCUUAUAUCUGGAAUCACAGUUAUAUGAACUAUAUCUGCAGUUAUUGUUGCAUCCUGAACAAGAUGUGCAAAAAAUAGCCCUGGAGUGCAUCAUGACAUAUAAGCACCCCCAUAUUCUGCCCUACAAGGAGAAUCUGCAGAGGCUGUUGGAAGACAAGAGCUUUAAAGAAGAAAUUGUCCAUUUUAGCAUUUCAGAAGAGAAUACAAUUGUGAAAACAGCUCACAGAGCUGAUCUCUUUUCAGUUCUUUUGAGAAUUCUUUACGGACGCAUGAAAAACAAGACUGGAAGUAAAACUCAGGGCAAGUCAGCAUCGGGGACGCGCAUGUCGAUUGUCCUGCGGUUCCUGGCGGGGUCAUCGCCUGAGGAGGUCCACAUGUUCUUAGACCUGCUGUUUGAGCCCGUGAAGCACUUCAGAAAUGGGCCCUGCCACUCUGCAGUUCUGCGAGCCGUGGAAGACCUGGAUUUGUCCAGAGUCAUUCCCUUGGGCCGUCAGCACGGCGUCUUCAACAGCCUGGAGCUGGUCUUAAAGAACAUCGGUCACCUGGUCAGCCCUUACUUGUCCGAGAUUCUGCAGAUCCUGCUCUGCAUGACAGCGACAGUGUCACACGCCCUUCAGCAGAGAGAGAAGGUACAGCUGAGGGUCGUUAACCCCCUAAAAAAUCUGAGGCGCCUCGGACUCAAGUUGGUUGAUGAGUUUUUUUCCGAGCAGGAGUCUUACAACUUCAGCGUAGAAGAAAUUGAUGCUGUUUUCCAAGGUGCUGUUUGGCCUCAGAUCACCAGACUUGCAUCUGAAAGCCAAUAUUCACCGACUCUUCUACUGAAACUUAUUCAUACUUGGAGCAAAAACCCCAGGUACUUCCCUUUGCUGGCUAAACAGAAGCCUGGUGAGCCAGAGUAUGACAUCCUCAGUAACGUGUUUGCUGUUCUCUCGGCCAAGAUCAUGUCUGAAGCCACAGCCAGUGUUGUCAUGGAUAUAGCCGACAACCUCCUUAACAUACCGGAUUUUGAGCCCACAGACACAGCGUCCAACCUCACUGUGACUGGAUGUGUUUACACAGAGAUAACGGAAAAUGUAGACGAAUCCAUCACCCUGGGCGGAAGGCUGGUGCUGCCCCAGGUGCCUGCGAUCCUUCAGUAUCUCAGCAGAACCAUGGUCAACGUUGAGAAGGUGAGAAAGAAGAAGUACCGGGCCCAGGUCAGCAAGGAGCUCAGCAUCCUAUCCAGGAUCAGCAAGUUUAUGAAAGACAAAGAGCAGAGCUCUGUCCUCAUCACCCUGCUCCUUCCUUUCCUGCACCGAAGCAGCAUUGCCGAGGACACUGAGAUUGAUAUCCUGGUGACUGUACAGAACUUGUUAAAGAAUUGUCACGACCCAACAAGUUUCCUGAAGCCUCUGUCACGGCUUUUCUCUGUCAUUCAGAACAAAAUGUCCCGACAGAUGCUCUGUACAGUUUUUCAGACGCUUUCUGAUUAUGAGAGUGGAUUAGAGUACAUUACAGAAGUUGUCAAGCUGAAUGCCUUUGACCAGAGACACCUGGACGACAUCAACUUUGAUGUUCGCUUGUCAGCCUUCCAGAAAAUCACCUCUUACAUCAAGGAGAUGGAAACUGUAGACAUCACCUACCUGGCCCCUGUAAUGCACAAUUGUUUCUACACGUUGCAGCUGAAAGACAUGGCCCUGAGUGACAGCGCCAGCCUGUGUUUGAUGAGCAUCAUCCAUCGGCUCGCGGCCCCGGACGUCAGCGAGGCGCAGUACCGGGAAGUCAUUCAGCGCACCCUCUUGGAGACCCUGAGGAAAGGCCUGAAGAGUCCAACCGAGAGUAUCCAGCAGGAAUACACAACUUUACUUUCCUGUUUAAUUCAAACCUUUCCAAACCACCCAGAAUUUAAAGACUUGGUUCAGCUUAGUGACUUCAAUGAUCCUGAAAUGGACUUUUUUGAGAACAUGAAGCACAUUCAGAUCCAUAGAAGGGCCAGAGCCUUGAAGAAACUAGGCAAGCGUCUGAUGGAGGGCAAGAUCGUUCUGUCUUCCAAGUCUCUCCAGAAUUACAUUAUGCCCUAUGCCACAACGCCAAUUUUUGAUGAGAAGAUGCUUAAGCAUGAAAACAUAACAACAGCUUCCAUGGAGCUUAUUGGAGCUAUCUGCAGGCACCUUUCCUGGCCGGGAUACAUGUAUUACUUGAAAUAUUUCAUUCACAUUUUACACACAGGACAGAUCAAUCAGAAGUUGGGUGUCAGUUUGUUAGUCACAGUAUUAGAAGCUUUCCACUUUGACCGUGAAACUCUCGAGAAACAAAUGGAAAAAAUUCAGAAUGAAGAAAGUGCCAUGGAGGUGGAUGUGCCAGCAGAGCACGAAGCCAUGGAAUUGGAUCACGCCAGCGGGGAGGAGGAGGAGGAGGAGAAGAGGAAGAUGUUGUGCGAGGCGGAUGAGAAGCUCCGGGGGCCAGCCCCGGAGGCGUCUGCUGCGGAGCCCGAGGACGGCGCCCCGGUCUUUCCCGGCCUCCCAAAGAGCAAGGAAGAGCUGGAGAAUCUGAUCCAGCAGAUUCACAAAACCGUCACCAGCAGCAUCCUGCCCAAACUUCACAAAUGCCUCUCUGCCACGACGAAAAGGGAUGAAGAGCACAAGCUCGUCAAGUCCAAGGUCGUCAACGACGAGGAGAUCGUCCGGAUCCCGUUGGCCUUUGCCAUGGUCAAACUCAUGCAGUCCCUGCCCCAAGUAGUCAUGGAAGCGAAUCUGCCGAGUAUUUUGCUGAAAGUGUGUACCCUCCUAAGGAACAGAGCCCAGGAAAUCCGUGACGUUGCGCGCAAUACCCUCACAAAAAUAAUAGAGACCUUGGGUGUGCAUUAUCUGCAAUACAUUUUAAAAGAAUUACAGACCACUCUUGUUCGUGGAUAUCAGGUUCACGUGCUCACCUUCACUAUUUACAUCUUGCUGAAAGGUCUCGCAAGCAGCCUGAAAGUUGGAGAGUUGGAUCCUUGCUUGGACAUCAUGAUUGGGGUUUUUAACCACGAGCUGUUUGGCAGUGUCGCCGAGGAGAAGGAGGUGAAGGGGAUCAUCUCCAAGGUCAUGGAGGCCCGACGAAGCAAAAGCUACGAUUCUUACGAAAUCCUCGGCACGUUUGUCGGGAAGGAUCAGGUCACCAAGCUCAUCCUUCCACUGAAAGAGAUUUUACAGAGCACCACCAGCCUAAAGCUGGCCCGCAAAGUGCACGAAGCCUUACGCCGCAUUGUAGUGGGCCUGAUUGCAAAUGAGGAAAUGACUGCCAAGUCCAUCCUGCUGCUUAGCUACGGGCUGAUCAGUGAGAACCUCCCUCUGUUAACAGAGAAAGAAAAGUCCUGCAUCCGUAGGAGCCACGCCGAGCCACCUCCUGAUCCACGCCUGCCCCCGCAGAGCUGCCUCCUGCUCCUACCCACCCCCAAGCGAGGAGGGCAGAAAGCCGCUGUGAGCCGUAGGACCAACAUGCACAUAUUUGUCGAAUCUGGGCUCCGGCUGUUGCACAUGAGCCUGAAGCGGUCAAAGGUCAACUCCUCUGAUGAGCAUGUGCUUGAGAUGUUGGACCCUUUCACGCCGCUGCUAAUUGAUUGCCUCAAGUCCAGAGAAGCCAAGGUCAUCACGGGUGCUUUACAGUCUCUCAUCUGGGUGCUGAAGUUCCCCCUGCCUUCCAUCACGAAGAACUCAGAGAAGCUUACCAAGCAGCUCUUCCUCCUGCUCAAAGACUACGCCAGGCUCGGGGCCGCCAAAGGCCAGAACUUCCACCUGGUUGUCAACUGUUUCAAGUGUGUGACCAUCCUUGUGAAGAAGGUCAAGUCCCACAAGAUCACGGAGAAGCAGCUCCAGGUCCUGCUGGCCUAUGCCGAGGAGGACAUCUAUGACUCGUCGCGACAGGCCACCGCGUUUGGUCUCCUGAAGGCCAUUUUAUCAAGAAAAUUGAUGGUCCCAGAAAUUGAUGCUGUCAUGAAGAAAGUCUCCCAGUUUGCAAUUACUGGACAAAGUGAACCAGUCAGAGUCCAGUGUAGACAGGUUUAUCUGAAAUACAUCCUUGACUACCCUAUUGGUUCCAAACUGAAGUCCAACUUGGAGUUCAUGCUGGCUCAGCUGAACUAUGACUACGAGGCGGGAAGAGAAUCUGCGUUGGAAAUGAUAGCCCACCUUUUCGAGACCUUCCCUCAGGGACUGCUCCACGAGAACUGUGGGCUCUUCUUUGUGCCCCUUUGUCUCAUGAUGAUCAAUGACAACUCCCCCAAGUGCAAGAGAAUGGCUUCCAUGGCCAUCAAGCUGCUGCUCAGCAAGGUCAGCCUGGAGAACAAGGACCUGAUGUACGUGCUCGUGCUCAAAUGGUUUGGGAGUCAGAAGAGUCUGCAGAAGCGCUUGGCUGCCCAGACCUGCGGCUUGUUUGUGGAGGCCGAAGGUGUGGCUUUCGAGAGGAGAUUCGGGACGGUCCUCCCUGUGAUCGAGAGAGAGCUUGAGCCUUCCCAGCUCCGAGAUCUCAUUGAAGAAACUGAUGAAAAAGCAUCGGACCGACUUCUCUUUGGUUUUCUUACACUGAUAACUAAACUCAUCAAGGAAUCCAAUUUUCUUCAGCUCACCAAACACCCUGAGAGUCUGAACAACAUUUGGAAUCACAUCCAGUCCCAUCUGUCCCACCCCCACAGCUGGGUGUGGCUCACUUCAGCCCAGAUUUUUGGAUUAUUGUUCGCCUCUUGCAAACCAGAAGAACUGAUUAAGAGAUGGGUGACCCAGAAGUCUGAGAAGAAACAGUCAGGCCCGGUGGCCGUGAACUUCCUAACCAGAGACCUGGAUCAGAAGAUGAAGAGACUGGCUUUAGCUUUUUGCUUUCAGUUGCAGUCGAAGUUUUUGGAUCAGUCUCUGGGAGAACAGAUUGUUAAGAAUUUGUUGUUUGUUGCCAAAGUCAUCUAUCUUCUGGCACUCCACGCGGAGGAGAAGAAAGGUGCCUCCGAGGUGAACGCAGAGGCACCUGCCCCAGAAACAUCCCAGACCGCGUCCCAGACCGAGGGUGGUGAGGGUGAUGCGGGGAGGGCCGAAAAAGCGUCUGACGGUGAAGGUGAAGAGGCUGGGACGGAAGAGAAGGAGGGGGCAGAGGAAGCGCAAGACAGACCCGCCAACCUGUACUGGCUGAUCCACAAGCUGUCCAUCACGGCCAAACGAGAAGCCGCAUAUUCGCCCAAAAAUCCCUUGAAGAGAACCUGCAUCUUUAAGUUCCUUGGCGCUCUGGCCAUUGAUCUGGGCCCCGACAAGGUCCGGCCUUUUCUCCCCAUGAUCCUCGCUCCGCUCUUCCGGGAGCUGAAUAGCACCUACUCAGAGCAAGACCCUGCGCUGAAGACCCUCUCCCAGGAAAUCCUGGAGCUGCUGAAGAAGAUGGUCGGCCUGGAGGCCUUCUCGUUGGCGUUCGCCUCCGUGCAGAAGCGGGCCCGGGAGAAGAGGGCGCUCCGCAUCAGGCGGAAGGCCCUGCAGUUUGUGACUCAUCCCGACAUCGCUGCCAAGAAGAAGAUCAAGAAGCACAAGAACAAGAGCGAGGCCAAGAAGAGGAAGAUCGAGUUCCUGCGGCCAGGCUACAAGGCCAAGAGGCAGAGGAGCCACAGCCUGCGGGACCUGGCCAUGGUGGAGUGAGGCCGGGGCCGCCCCGCACGCCAGGCGGGCCCCUGCAGCGUGUACAGUUCCCAUGUCCAGAAUGCCCACGAUUUUAAACAUUAAAUACGCGCAGAGUUUUAUACUGA